CUGGAGGGCGGUGCCAGGGCCAGCGCCGGAGAGAUGUUCUGGCUGCCUCUUCCGGCUGCGGGGCUAGUCGUGGCCCGGCGUGUGCGAGUGAGGCGACUGUGGGGCCGGGGUCUCGCCACCGCCGACAUGACGAAGGGCCUUGUUUUAGGGAUCUAUGCCAAAGACAAAGAAGAGGAUGUGCCACAGUUGACAAGUGCAGGAGAGAGUUUUAAUAAGCAGGUGGCUGGCAAGCUGAGAGAAAUGUUGAACAUAUCCGGACCACCUUUGAAGGCAGGCAAAACCCGAACCUUUUAUGGUCUGCAUAAGGACUUCCCCAGCGUAGUGGUCGUUGGUCUCGGCAAAAGAUCAGCUGGAGUCGACAACCUGGAGAACUGGCAUGAAGGCAAAGAAAACAUCAGAGCUGCUGUUGCAGCGGGAUGCAGGCAGGUUCAAGACCUGGAGCUGCCUGCUGUGGAGGUGGACCCCUGUGGAGAUGCUCAGGCUGCUGCAGAAGGGGCCGUGCUUGGUCUGUAUGAAUAUGAUGACCUCAAGCAGAAAAAGAAGAUGGCUGUGUCUGCAAAGCUCUAUGGAAGUGGGGAUGAGGAAGCCUGGCAGAAAGGUGUCCUCUUUGCUUCUGGGCAGAAUUUGGCUCGCCAGUUGAUGGAGUCUCCAGCCAAUGAGAUGACGCCAACCAGAUUUGCUGACAUUAUUCAGAAGCAACUCAGAAGUGCUAGUGAUAAAACAGAGGUCCAUAUCAGACCCAAGUCUUGGAUUGAGGAGCAGGAAAUGGGCUCAUUUCUAAGUGUAGCCAAAGGGUCAGAUGAGCCACCAGUCUUCUUGGAAAUCCACUACACUGGCAGCCCCAAUGCGAGUGAAGCGCCCCUGGUGUUUGUAGGGAAGGGAAUUACCUUCGACAGUGGAGGCAUCUCCAUCAAGCCUUCGGCAAACAUGGACCUCAUGAGGGCUGACAUGGGAGGAGCUGCAACCAUAUGCUCAGCCAUUGUGUCCGCAGCAAAGCUCAGUUUGCCCAUCAAUAUCAUAGGUUUGGCCCCUCUUUGUGAAAAUAUGCCUAGUGGUAAGGCCAACAAACCUGGGGAUGUCGUCAGAGCCAAGAAUGGGAAGACCAUCCAGGUUGAUAACACUGAUGCUGAGGGGAGGCUCAUUCUGGCAGAUGCACUCUGCUAUGCACACACUUUCAAUCCCAAGGUCAUCAUCAAUGCAGCCACCUUAACAGGUGCCAUGGACAUAGCUCUGGGAUCAGGUGCCACUGGAGUCUUUACUAACUGUGAUGGGCUAUGGAAGCAGCUAUUUGAGGCCAGCAUUGAAACAGGAGACCGUGUAUGGAGGAUGCCUCUCUUUGAGCAUUAUACAAGACAAGUUUUAGAUUGCCAGCUUGCUGAUGUUAAUAACCUUGGAAAAUAUAGAUCUGCAGGAGCAUGUACAGCAGCAGCAUUCCUGAAGGAGUUUGUGACUCAUUCUAAGUGGGCACACUUAGACAUCGCAGGUGUGAUGACCAACAAAGAUGAGGUUCCAUACCUGAGGAAGGGCAUGAGCGGCCGGCCCACGAGGACUCUGAUAGAGUUCUUACUUCGCUUCAGUCAAAACAGUGCUUAACUCACACUCAGAAAUUCAGCUGUCUUAAAUUGAACAUUUGAGCUUUAAAACAUUUUUGAACGAAUGAAACUCUUUUAAGACAGCAAAGGAUGGUAUUUGAAAAUGUAGAGCAAAAUGAAAAUUUGUAUGACUUGAUUUUUUUUUUUUCAUUUUCUGCAAUGAUUUCUAAAGGCAAAGCCAAUAUCUUGCUUGGCAAGAUUUUUAAGAUGUUCUCUACAUGGUGAUUAAUUAUUUUUAGCUUCCUGAUCACUUUUUAGAAUAUAUAUUUUAACUAAAAAGAAAAAUUGUAUUUUAGAUUUGUGGUGCUAAGAAUAUAAACAAAAUUAAAAAUUA